UGCACCAGCACCACGCACCCGCACCAACAAGAAACCAGAACAGAAACAGAACACAAGAGUAGCGAAAGAGGAAAGAGCUAAACACUAAAGAGAUAAAUAGAAUAAAUCCAUCAUAUUCUUUAGUUUUAUAUUGAAUAAAAUAAGUCUCAGUAAAAAGUAUCUUCAGUAUAACAUAUUUACAAAUAAAAACAUGCAUUGAACGAGUUAUAAAAUAUUGGACCAUGGAUUUAAGAGCUGUAAUAAAUAACGUAAGAAACUUUUUCAGUUCUCUUCAGUUUCAUCCCACCGGCUCUGAAAGGAAUCGAAAGAGAAGUGCUUUGGAUUCUAUUGAUUCAUGUAUGAGCCCUAAGAUCAGAAGAGUUCAGUCUAUCAACUUAGAUCGAGAGAAUUAUUAUAUGAGUCCAAAACCUUUGAGAAGACCAUCUGUAUAUAAAACUCCUAGUAUAAAAAAGAUAGAAUCAGUAGUUCUAGAUGACGAUGAAGAUGAUAUAAAUAUUAGCAGUAAAAAAAUAAAUGGAAAUACUCUCAGCGGUAAUGCUAGGACUGGAAAAUUUACGUCUACUCCAUAUGGUAACAGUUUUAGUAAAAAAUCGGUAAACGGAACAGAUAGUAAAGAUGUAUUAUUUGUUAAAGAACUCAAACCAUCCAGUGAUGAAGAUGUAACAUUUGUCAGAGAACAGAAAUCAUCUUCCCUAAAAAGAGCUGAUGCUCUUAGAAAAGGAUUAAACUAUCUACGGCCAUACAGUGGAAGUAUUUCUAAACCAAAAAUUGUACAGAACGAACGACAGUUAAAAGAAAAAUAUAAUUCAACAUUCGGAUUAUUAAAUGGUACUUCAUCAUUCAAUAUGAAUUCUUCCAUACGCUUAAAUGAAAAGAAAUUGUAUAGAGAGAUACUUGACUCCACACAAUUUUUUACACCUAGAUCAUCGUUUGACAACUCUUUCAUGACGAGGAGAGAUAAAAUAAUGGCUGCGGCUCUAUCGCCUAUGUCUACAAAAGACAGAAUUAAAAAGGUGUUAGACGAUUUUGAUAGCGAUCCAGUCGUAAUUAAGGAUUCAGAUUCUGAUUCUGACGUGGUUGUCGUCAAUCCUCCUUCACCUAAGCCUGAUAUCAAAGUUGAACCAGUCAAUAGUCUGAAGAACAUUAUCAAUUUUCCCGAGCAGAGCAAGACUAAAUGGUUAGAUGACGUGAUAAAUGAUCACCAACAACGUGCAGCUGCCAGACAACGAGAGCUUCAAGAGCUCAUGGGCUGUUCCCAACAACAUGAAAAAAUUAAUAAAGAUCUCCAUAUUGAGUUACUUUCUAACAAAAUCAACAAUGCAUUAAAAAUUAAAGAGGCUUUAGUCCCAUUACCGGAAAAGGAAGCUGAAGUUGAACUACCUCCUUUGACCGAUGAACAACUAAGAAUGGUCAGCAGGGCCUUCAAGGGCGAUCCCAACGAAGUCCUCAGUCGAAAGUUUAACCUGAACAUAACGCGGCGAGACCUGUUAACAUUAUCAGGUUUAAAUUGGCUCAACGACGAAGUCAUAAAUUUUUAUAUGAAUAUGAUUAUAGAACGAGGAAAAGAUCCAAGUUAUCCAUCAUGCCAUGCAUUCAAUACCUUCUUUUAUACUAAAUUACUCAAAGAUGGCGCAGAAUCUCUUAGAAGGUGGACCAAAAAAAUUGAUAUUUUUGCUUGCGAUAUAAUAUGCAUACCGAUACAUUUGAGCAUGCACUGGUGUAUGGCGAUUGUCGAUAUGAGAGCCAAAACUAUCAAGUACUACGAUAGUAUGGGAAACAGCAACGACAGGUGUUUAAACGCGAUUAAAAAGUACCUGGAAAAAGAACAUUUAGAUAAAAAGAAAUCUGAACUGGAUACGUCAGACUUCGAAUUAGAAAAUGUUACAGACAUUCCACAACAAAUGAACGGUAGCGAUUGCGGAAUGUUCGCCUGCACAUUUGCUGAAUUUACUACAAGAAACGCCUCGAUAACGUUUUGUCAAGAACAUAUGCCCUAUCUGAGGAAGAAGAUGGUUGUAGAAAUAUUGGCGCAAGAACUUUUGAUAAAAUGAUUACAUUUUUUGAGUGUAAUUACAUUAUAUUAAUUUAUUUAUUAUUAAGCUGAAAACUAGAUUUUUUUUAAAUUUAAGUGUAAAAUUAAAUGUCAUUUUUUAUAAGUAAACUUUUUGAAAUUUA